UUGAAAACACGUGUUACACUACGCUACGCGGGUUUUACGCUAAAAUUGGGGAUUUCUUAUUGUUUUUGAACUAUUUCGUGCGCGGUAAGAACAAAUUCAAGCCAUUUGCAACGUUCGCCGUAGUUCUCGUUGGAAAAGUAAGCCCAGAAAUUGCGAGCGACUUGGAAAACCGCGACCGACCGCAGUGCGAAAAGAUCCACAAAAAGACGGAAUCUCGAAAGGAUACCGCACCGGCAAGCAUUAAGCGAUCAUCACGGCAAGCUCUGCUGCAAUUAAGAUUACAGAUAGUCUUUUGAGUUGCCAAAGGGAACGAACAGAUUGCACCGAAUCGGACCUUACAUCCGGAACAUCCGUAUCCGUACACAAAAAUAAUAGACACACUUACAAAACUCCCAACAAAGUAAUCGCUGUACACAGAACACAUGAGUCAUGUGGCCUUAGUAGCCGGUCCUUAGGAUAACAGAGUGCUGGAAUCAAUAGCCGUAGUGGUGUAAAUUCUCUCUGAAGACAAAGAAAUAUAAGGAAAAUACGAAAGACCAGGAUGCACCGGUCAACGAUAGCAAAAUUCACCAAAUUCUCCGUCGAAGAACUGCAACGGGCCGUCUGCGAUCCGCUGUCCUGUGUUGCAAAAGUGCAGUCCAAUGAAAUCCUCGGUCUGCGGCCUCGCGACUGCGAGCAAAUCACUAGAGGUGUGCGGCGCUGUAUCACGGACAGAAUUGGACGAUAUCAUCCAAAAGUGUCCGGUAUUGUGCUAGGAUACGCGAAGAUUCGCAUUGAAAAUACAAUGCCAGCGUUCCGGUCCGACAGCCCGUAUCUACAUGUGCGGGCCACGAUCGAUUACUUCGUUUUUCGACCGCGGGUCGGUUCCACGCUGCGCGGUAUCGUAAACUACGUUUCAAAAGAUUUUGUCAGUGCCGUGAUGUUUCGGGUUUUCAAUGUCACGGUCAAGCUGACAAAGCCCCGGUCAGUGAAGAAAGGUUUGGAGAUAUCAUUCAUCGUUCAGUCUUGCGACAUGAAGAGCCAGCUGCCGAUCAUCGAGGGAGAACUGGUGACGCUGGGUAUCAAACAAGAACCGGUGGAAACAGACACGACGACCACUUCUCUUGCUGUUGCUGUUUCUACAACUGAUUUUGUAGAAAAGCGUCCACAAUUUAUCGAAGAAGACCUAGAAGAUCGACCAGCGCCGAAAAAGGCAAAAAAAUCAAUAAAGCAAAAACCACAACCGAGCGAACCAACUACUAUGAACGGCUCGCAAGAAGAAAAAGAACCGUUGAGCGAUGAUUCGAGCGAAAAGUCCGAUUUGAUACGGUCAUUAAUGGCUAGUAUGUUAGGUAAAAUCGAUAAGAAUAAAAGUAAAAAGAAAUCGAAGAAAUCGAAGGACAACGCGUUCAGCAGCACUGUCGACAUACAGGAAGUGACCCCGAACGUAAGCAUCAAACAGGAACUAUCCAUAGCAACAGUAGACCGAACGACCAUCAAUGGUGCCUCGACACCGAUUGUGAAGGAGGAGAAAUUGGAAAGUAAAAAACGGAAAAUCCGUUUCAACCUUCCAUCCGAAGAUUCUCUAACGCCGAUCAAGACCGAACAUAGGAACGGUACCGACCUAGGCAGUGUAGCACUACAGAAUGGAAGAAAUGGAAUUUGAAUAAACUGUUCAGUCCACCUCUACCCCACACCACCCAAAUUUGUAUUGCAUCGUCGACCAAAGAAACAAGGAAAGUUGGAGUUACUCGGAGAUUUUUCCUUUUCUUAUAUCCUGACUUCAUCUUUUUCAUUAGUUUAUUAGAAUUAUAAAUAUUUGCUUUUUACAAAUAUCAUUUUUUCCACGGGUUUUCUAUUUAAUCUUUUAUUUUCUUUCCCAUGCCCUCGUUUCCGACGACGAUAUCCGUACUUCUUCAUUAGCAUCCUCGUCGUCAUAAUCGUAGUCAUCGUGUGAUUUCGAAUUCACUUGUGUAUUCCGGUGCUGCAUCGCACCCUGCGCGCUCUAUCUCUGCUGAUUUCUGCUGUGAUCAUCGUCACAUGUGAAG